GCUGCUGUCUCAUCAGACAAACAAGACAAACACAUGUCUCACACCGACAGAGACGUGGAACUAUCAUCAAAAACACAACAGGACUCUUGUUUACUUGUUAACUAAACCCAAAGAUACACCAUGGUGGACCAGCUAUCAUUUGCCCAGGAUAACCGGGAGCGGAUCCACGCCGUGGAGAACUCAUUUGGGCCUUUGGGAAAGCCCCUGUCCAUGCCGGGACGGGUUCUUAUCGGAGAGGGCCGGCUGAUGAAGAUGAGCCGCCGGGGGCCACAGCCUAAAGUCUUCUUCCUCUUCAACGAUGUGCUGGUGUACGGCAGCAUCAUCCUGAACGGCCGUUGGCACAAAAAACAGAAAAUCAUCCCUCUAGAGGAUAUCAAGCUGGAGGACUUGGAGGACGGGAUGAAAAUGCGGAACCAAUGGUUGAUCCGCACACCACGCAAGUCCUUCUACGUGGCAGCCGACUCAAACGAGGAGAAGCGAGCUUGGAUUGAACACAUGGAGAACAGCCGGUCCAGUCUGCUGCAGAGCGCUGGCUCCAGGCCCGGGUCCACCUUCGCCGUCACCUGGAUCCCUGAUCGGGCCUCUGCGGUCUGCAUGCGCUGCUCCGACAGGUUCUCCGUGACCCAGCGGCGACACCACUGCCGAAAAUGCGGCUUUGUGGUCUGUGGCGCUUGCUCCAAGACGCGGGCGGUACUCAGCCACAUCCACCCGACUAAGGUAUUGAGGGUCUGCACCAUGUGUCACUCGAGUCUUUCGACGCUGGACGCCGAAGAGGUGAAUCGUCUGAGGGGAAACAGCACAGAGAAGAUGGGCUCAGAUGAAGAUGACGUGGAGGGAUUCAGUGAAGAAGAGGAGGCAGAGGAGCAGAUGGAGGACCAUGAUCCCAGCAUGUGGAUGAACUCCCAGAUGGACUCCCUGUCCACCUAUAUCUACUUAAAACCAGAGCAUGUGAGGCCCCAAAUAUAAGCACAUCAAGAGUGCUGUAGCAGAAAUAACCCUGUGUUGGACUUUGGGUCUUUCUUUAACAUGGACACAAUACUACUGCAGCUUUGUGCAGUAGGAGCAAGUUAAAAGACAUUCUCACUCCGUCAUAAACAUGACAAGACAAUAACGUAUUAAGUUGAAGAAUUUUGUACAGUAUAUGUAUUUAUGUGUAUUUAUUGAUGUGAAUACUUUGUCUUUUCACAUUUUUCUGUUUGUGGGAACACUAUUACUGUGAAGUCGUCGCUUGAUUUUCUCUGAUAAUGUGGUCAAAGGAUUUUGACGAGAACACUGGAGGUCAGCCUCUGUCUGCCUUACUAGAUCUUUAUUUAAGUCUGAUUUCAGUCACUUGUAAAUAUGUCAGUGUUUGUGUACAUGGAAUUGUUUGGACUUAAACCACAUUAAACAUGAUAAAGCCUCAUAAAAAGAG